AUGUCACUAUCGGUACCACGAGCUUCGGGAUAUCGAGGUACUUCUUUGGGAGCUUUCGAAAGUGUCUGGAGCAGUAAACGAUGUUUCUCUGUUUCGGGGAUGCGGAAGAAGGAGUUGAGGGCGAUGUCUGAGGAAGAGUUGGGAGGGAUCAAGGUGCAGCAGGAGAGAUUGAUGAGGGAUAUUCAUGAGACUUGCGAGUGGGGAGUUGGUGAGAGAUGGGGGAGUGCACCCACCGAAACAGGCAUGUCAAGACUCUCCCUCUCGGAUACGGACAAACAAGCUCGCGACUGGUUCGUAGAAACGACAAAAACAUUGGGAUGUACAGUCACCACCGAUGCCAUGGGAAACCAGUUUGCCAUUCGUCCUGGUCUUAAAGACGGCCCUCCUACAGUUGCUGGAAGUCAUUUGGAUACACAACCUACUGGCGGCAGAUACGACGGCAUACUAGGCGUAACAGCAGGUAUAGAAAUGCUCCGCACCCUUCACGACAACGACAUCAAAACCACAUUCCCAGUUGGCGUGGUAAACUGGACGAAUGAAGAAGGAGCCCGUUUCCCAAUCUCUAUGGUUUCCUCGGGCGUCUGGGCUGGUGACAUCCCCAUCUCCCACGCCCACGAUCUCAAAGAAGUAGGCACUGGUACUGCAACCAUGAAAUCGGAACUCCAGCGUAUCGGCUACCUCGGCGAUAUCGCUUGUUCGCACGAAGCAAUGCCCCUAGCAGCACACUUUGAAUUGCAUAUCGAACAAGGACCUAUCUUGGAAGCGGAGAACAGAAAAAUCGGCAUCGUCCAAGGAGUGCAAGCGUAUAAAUGGUUCACCGUCAAAGUGCGAGGAGCAGAUUGUCACACCGGCACGACUUCAUUCUCCCACCGCGCAGACGCCCUACUCGCAGCUUCCAAGAUGAUCAUCUACUCCCACCGCGCCGCUUCCCGCAAAGGAGCGCUCGCAUCAACAGGAAUCCUGACCUUGAAACCAGGAAGCACGAAUACCGUCCCUGGCUCUGUGGACUUCUCACUGGAUAUCAGAAGCCCAGACGACAGUAUAGUAGAAGCCGUAGAAGCCGAUUGCAAAACCGCAUUUUCCGCCAUCGCUGCAGGCGAAGAUAUCGACAACCUCAACACCUCCUUCACUCCUUCUUCAAAAUCCUGCACCGUAUCCUGGCGAACCGACUCGAAUUCUCCCGCCACGAGAUUCCAUCCCACCUGUAUCUCUUGUGUCUCUGAAACCACGAAAGCACUGUUUGGGGAAAAGCAAGAGGAAUUGACAAAAGCUAUGACUUCAGGGGCUGGUCAUGAUUCGGUGUAUACGAGCAAGAGGGUUCCUACGACCAUGAUUUUCGUGCCUAGUAGGGAUGGGGUUAGUCAUAAUCCUGUGGAGUUUACGAAGCCGGAGGAUUGUGCAACGGGGGCGCAGGUUUUGAUGGGUAGUGUGUUGAGGUAUGAUUUGUUGAGGGGUGAGGGCAAGGUAUGA